GGGCCCUGGGCAGCCUGGGCUGAUAUUAAAUGGGGAGGUUGGUGGUCCUGCGUGUGGCAGGGGGUUGGAGAUUCAUGAUCCUUGAGGUCCCUUCCAACCCAAGACAUUCUGUGAAUCUAUGAUUCUAUGAAAGGUGUAUUUGUUUUUUCUUAGGCUGAUGAUAUUCACAUUCCUGUAGGUGAAUGUCUGUGUGUUGCCUAGGAUUCUCAUGUGAUCCCUGCACCAGUGACAAGACCUUCCUUCUGGUAACACGUCUGCCCCCAGUUAUCUUAGAUGGAUGGCCUGAUAAGUUUGUCAUGGUGGCUUUGGAAACGCAUCAGCGUGCUGGAAUCAAGCCAGACAUGAAGAGUGCUGCAAGGGUAUGUAUGACCAACUGCCCUACGCUGAUUGUCAUGGUGGGUCUGCCAGCAAGAGGAAAAACCUACAUCUCAAAAAAGCUGACACGCUAUUUAAACUGGAUUGGAGUGCCUACAAAAGAAUUCAAUGUUGGUCAGUAUCGUCGAGAUCUGGUGAAGAAGUACAAAUCUUUUGAAUUCUUCCUGCCUGACAAUGAAGAAGGGUUGAAAAUCAGGAAGCAGUGCGCCUUAGCGGCGCUGAACGACGUCCGGCAGUACCUCAGCGAAGAGAAUGGGCACGUGGCUGUCUUUGAUGCUACGAACACAACUCGAGAACGCAGAGAAACCAUUUACAAAUUUGGUGAAGAAAAUGGAUACAAGACGUUUUUUGUUGAGUCAGUGUGUGUCGAUCCAGAGGUCAUUGCUGCAAACAUUGUGCAAGUGAAGCUGGGUAGUCCUGACUACGUUGACUGUAGUAAUGAUGAAGCAACAGAAGACUUCAUGAAAAGAAUAGAGUGCUACAAGAACUCGUAUGAGACGUUAGAUGAAAAUCUUGACAAGGAUCUUUCUUACAUUAAAAUUAUGGAUGUUGGAAGGAGUUACCUUGUGAACAGAGUGAUGGAUCACAUCCAGAGCCGGAUUGUCUACUACCUCAUGAACAUCCAUGUGACCCCUCGGUCAAUCUACCUCUGUCGACAUGGAGAAAGUGAACUCAAUCUGAAGGGGAGAAUAGGAGGGGAUCCUGGGCUGUCUGUCAGGGGGAAAGAAUUUGCCAAGAGCUUGGCACAGUUCAUUAAUGAGCAAAACAUCAAGGAUCUGAAGGUUUGGACCAGCCAGAUGAAAAGGACGAUUCAAACUGCUGAAGCUUUGGGAGUGCCUUACGAGCAGUGGAAGGUUUUGAAUGAGAUAGAUGCAGGAGUGUGUGAAGAAAUGACAUAUGAAGAAAUACAGGAAAAUUACCCUCUUGAGUUUGCACUGAGAGACCAAGACAAAUACAGAUACAGAUACCCUAAAGGAGAGUCCUACGAAGACCUUGUCCAGAGGCUGGAGCCAGUAAUUAUGGAGCUUGAAAGGCAGGAAAACGUGCUUGUCAUUUGUCACCAAGCUGUCAUGCGCUGUUUGCUCGCGUAUUUUCUUGACAAGCCUGCUGAACAACUGCCUUACCUGAAGUGCCCACUGCACACUGUCUUAAAGCUAACCCCAGUGGCUUAUGGAUGUAAAGUAGAAUCUAUAUUUCUGAAUGUCGAAGCUGUAAACACACACAGAGACAAACCCGAGAAUGUAGGCGUGGACCGGUCGAGAGAAGAAGCCUUGAGGACAGUACCCAACCACCUAUAGCUGCGGCUCCGGAGGCAGCAGCCCUUCCUCCAGCACCUGAGCACGGAGCGGCAGCUCGGGCCCUGAGAACGGUGAAGGCGUUGCUGGGCGGCGGGCAGAGCGCAGCUCCCCUCUGCCUUCAGUCGUUCCCAGUGUGGUUCAGCUUCUUUGGAGAACAGCUGUAGUUGUGGUUAACUCCUGGUAGUGGUAAAAAGAGAUCCGUGCUGACGGAGUCCAGUUGGUUGUAGACUUCUGUAUGUAAAGUUGUGCUGUUUCAGUGGCUUUUAGUGUUCAUCUGUGGAUACUGCAAGAUGGUUAAUUGCCCGUGUCAGUUUUACUGUCAGAUUUUAACUAGACUUUACUUUCUUUAAGUGUUUUUCUAAGAAUUUCUCUUAUUUCUACUGUGAAUCAUUGCCUAGAAUUACGGAGAGGCUUAUUUAACACAGACAGAAUCCUGCGUUUAGAGCACUGGAGGCUUCGUGUUGCAAAUCUACUUUCAAUCAGAAAGCUCAUCAGCAAUGCUAGCUUCUGUCUCACUGUGAUCCUGGGUUUGCCCAAAGACACUGAAGUUGUUAUGAGAGGGGAAGACUUUCCCCUGGGAAAACAGAAUGAUUCCAGUGAGUUUCACCACCUGAUAGAUCCUGUGCUUGAGUGGGGUUGUGACAUUUUCCAGGGGCGGCUGUAGCGUGGAGCACAGUGGAGGGCAGAGCUUGAAGUAAUGGCUGUGGGAUGUGUGUGGGGCAGCAGCCUGGGCAAUGAGAGCGGGCAGAGCAGUGCCUGUGUGUGCGUGGCUGCAGGACGGCCUGGCAGCUGUUUGACCGCCAGCUGGGGAAGGGCUCAGGAUGCAGAGGCUGCAGGAGCUGCUUUUCUUUUUAGCACUGUGAUUUGGAAGCAGUUUCGGGAUGAAUUUCAACACGUAUGUUUCUCUUUAUAGCCACAUCUAAUGCAUACAUCAGGAAACAGUACAGAAAGGUGAGGUGGCAUUUCACCUUUCUUAUAGCUCAUGCGAGAAAACAUCAGGUAAAUUGUGAAACUUCUUUGUCAUGUGGCCUGUAUGCCUUUUUGUCUUUUAAUUAUUGUUUUUAAGCAACCUCUUCGUUGCUAUUCUGUAGUUCUCUGUGAAACUCCAGUGCUACAAAUGGGCUUCUCUAUGUCUGUUGAGGGGACGACCUCCUAAGUACUAAACUGCUUUGCAUUCGGUGUGUUACCCUCAGCUGAAGUGAGCUGCCAGCGCUGUGCUGGCUUUGUCCAGGAAGGAGGACUGCCUUGUUGUUGAUGGACGGUGCUUUUUGUCUUUUUGUUUGGUUGUUUGUUUGUUAAAUCUUUAUUCUUAAGGACUUCAAGUGACCGAACCUUUACCACAAAAGGCAACAGAACUCAGUUCAAUCCCUGUGUGAAAUACUGGGUCCUCAUAACAUCGUCUUGCAGGCUGGGGAUGCGCCGCCUGCUGUUCAUGCAGGACUUGUAAGAUGCUGUGCUGCUGUCGUGGUUUGUUUUAAUAAGCUGAUGUCAGCGAGCUGCUCCGUGCUGGAAGUAAGCCAUAUCACAUCGCUGGGUUCCACUGCAGAAGAGGAAAGGGGAGACACGAGGUGACCAGGAACACUUGCCGUGAGCGCUGCUGGCUCGAGCUGUGUGUGUCUCAGCCCUUUCUUCAUUCAGCUGUGUUGGUAGCUUUGUGUGAGGAGCGCCGCACGGUGCUGCUUAACUUAUUGAUGAUAGAAACCAAGGCCAUCUUUGUGCGAAACGCACAGAACGCUUCCCCCCUCUGAUUUUGUGUUCUUUGCUUGGGAAAGCAGGGCUCUUCUCUGCUGUGACCGGAGCCGUUCCACAGCUCCUCCUUGAGAUGUGUGCCCCUGGGGCUGGGGAAGCAGGGGGCUGCGCCUCUGAGGAGCGUGGUGGAAGGAGAGGUUCCCCCCAGCGAGAGGUGAGCUGGAGGCUGCUCUUUCCUCCCCCUCUCUGUUUGAUCUCUCUGCCCUUUCGGAGGUGCUGUAUGAUUCCUCGAAGCUGAAUGUUUUUCGUACAGUAGGUAUUUUUAUAGCCUGCUUCUGAAUAUACUGUGAGUGUUUUACUAAGUGGGUGUUGAGUUAAAAAAAUAUAAUAAUAAUUAAAAAAAAGGUUGUAUAGAAGUGUAAAUAAACUGUUAUGCUGAUACUUGAAGAGAAAAAAGUUAUGAAGUUGUCUGUGGGACUUUAGGUACUAAAUCAUCAACUGCAUCCACCCCUUUCUAGCUGGUGAGAGCCAGUGUAGACAGUGAAUGUAAGCGUGCAGCGAGCUGCAUUCUACCUGCUGUGUGACUUCUGUCUGGGAGGCGUUGGGGAGGACUGCAGUGCACCAGCAGUGCCCUGAGCAGCUGUCCAUGUCCUGCACUCUUCCUGCCAUGCAGCCCUGACCGAAUCAGCACAGGGAGGUAAAAACCCUCGUCCUGGUCUUGUAGUAUUUGUGUCUGCUCCGCUGCCUUCUGAUUAAUGCACUCGCUAGCUCAGAUGCAGACUUCUGAAUGAGAUUAAACUACCUGUUCUUACGUUGUUGGCCUUCAUCGUUGUAAUCUUUCAGACCAAUGUAAUUGUUUGACAUUUGAUCCAAGCAAUAAAGAUCAAAUGCUACACCCUGCACUGCUGUUUUUUUUCCAUGGCUACUGCAGCAGUGGAUGCACUGGGGAGCAGUUCUUCUUUUAGGUGAGAAUGUGAAGAUUUGCCCAAGGGAGCAGGAAGGUAAGACUGUUAACUCUUCCUUUGCAUUUUGGUAUUUUAAGGUCUGAAUCAAGCUUAAUACUACACUGGUCUUGCAUCCUCUUCCACCUGCCACCUUCUGGCACAUAUUUGCACAUACAGUUGAGGUGGCAUGAAAAUUCCAGAGGCAAAGUGAGAAUGAAGUGAUUGAGGGCAGCACCCCUGGUUGAGGGGCACGGUGCUGCACAGCUCAAGAACAGAGCAGCUGCUUGCCCUCCUUUAGAGCAGCCCCUGCAGCCUGGCACACAGCAGGGAGGGGAACUGCUGGCAGCAGCUUUGCAGUUGCACAGCACUGGAGGCUGUGCUGCAGAAAUGAAAGUCAGCAGGAGUUCUGCAACACACAGAUUUUUAAGAAGUCCUUUCUGGGGAGGAAAUGAGUUUGUUUCUUAUGUUUUCCUAGUAAAGAUGAAGGCAUUUAUUAACUGUCAGAGCCAAGGAUGUGCAGCUAAUGAAUUGCAGUAUGGGCUGCUGGGUGUGGGCCUCAGAGCCCAGAGCAGCACUGCCCUGCUGCCUCCACCAGCUGCAGGCUGUUAGUUCCUCAUUUCAGAUAAUUCUAGAAGUUUUUCUUAUCUUUGUAAGUGAAAAGACUUGAAAAUGAUUAUCAUUUUCUACUGUGGAUUAAUUACAACCGGAGUUUAAUUGGGUAUUCGUCCACGAGAAAGAAAUCCAAGUGAGGAAUGAAAGUUUAAUGUAACUUUCUUUGAAGUGAGGACAAAAGAACCAAGGCUCCAACAUGUUUUUUUAAAAAGACAUCUUCCAUUCUCCAAUGUCUUGAGCAAAAUAUACAGCACAUUUAUAUAUAUAUAUAUAUAUAUAUA